AUGGUGGAGAAAGGCAAAGAGAUAGCUCACAUGAGGAUAAUUCUGUUGAAUGGAAAACUAUAUGUGCAUAAAUACAAACAAGCUUUUCAAACCAGAGAUGUUUUCUCUUUAUGGGGAAUACUACAACUUCUAAGACUAUAUCCAGGAAAACUGUCGGAUUUAGACAUCAUGUUUCAGUUCGGCGAUAGAACAACCGUUUUGAAGAGCGAUUAUACCGGAGGGGCGACGCCGCCUCCGGUAUUUCAUUAUUGUGGAGAUGACUCCACUUAUGACAUCGUUUUUCCAGAUUGGUCCUUUUGGGGUUGGUCCGAGAUCAACAUAGAGCCAUGGGUCGCGUUGAGUAAGGAGCUAGAAGAAGGAAGUUCUAGGUUGAAAUGGAUUGAAAGAGAACCUUAUGCAUAUUGGAAAGGAAAUGCACAAGUAAAUCAACUCAGACAGGAUCUAACCGAUUGUGAUGUUACUAAAGGAAAAGAAUGGAAUGCUAGAAUACAUAAUCUGGAUUGGGAUGAAGCAAACAAGCAUGGAUUUUCCGAUACAAAGCUAGCAGACCAAUGUAACUAUAGGUACAAGGUUUACGCGGAAGGAGCGGCAUGGCCUCGAUACUAUGAUUUCUUCUCAAGAGAUUUACUACCAAUGGUUCAUUAUUGGCCUAUAAAUCAAACUAACAUGUGUAGAUCAAUCAAAUAUGCAGUUGAUUGGGGUAACAACCAUACAAAAGAGGCACAAGCUAUAGGGAAAGCGGCGAGCGAGUACAUUCAAGAGCAAGUAAAGAUGACGAAUGUGUACGAUUACAUGUUUCAUCUUUUGAGUGAAUACGGGAAGUUGUUGAAAUACAAGCCUACGGUUCCAGAAGGAGCGGUUGAGAUGUGUUUAGAAAAGAUUGUUUGCGAUGAAACGGGUUUGGACAAAAAGUUUAAAAUAGAGUCGAUGGUCAAUAGACCGAUGAACCGCAACCCAUGUGAUAUGCCGAUGAACCUUAGCCCGGAUUUGGAGGGUCAUGUAAAGAAAAAACAAAAGUUGAUAAAACAAGUGGAGAUUUGGGAGGAAAGUGGGAAAAUAUGA